CGUCGAGCUCACUCUGCCCCCGGACUGGUCCUCUCUCUCAACCCCACGCACCACACUCACAUCCACACACACACACACACACACACACACACAUGCACACACACACUUGAACGCUGAAAGGAGGCAGGACCUGGGCCGCUUCAAUUAGACACUCCUGCAGCGGCUCCCUGGCGUGGACGUUUUUCAAUACUUCAUCACAGCCUCCUUGGAUUCUCCUCAUGUGGCGUCUCCUUUGCGCAUAGAGCCAACGCUACUGAGGUGCGUGUCCGUGUGUGUGUGUGUGUGUGUGAGCAUAUUGAGCAUAUCCCGGAGAUGAAGACAAACGCCCGGUGAAUGGGAAACACCAACACGGAGGAGGCAGCGCUACCUUCCCCCCCAUCUCGACAGGCACGCUCGCCCUUUCCGUCGGCGAGAUUUGCGCACACGUAACCGGAGCCGGUGUCUGCGCUCUGCGGGGCCGGGCGCGCGUCGUCUGGGAGGAGUGUAGGGAAGGAUGGACGCGUUCUUCACGGAGGGAGCCCGUGUUUGGGUCCGGGAGAAGGAGCAGCUCGUUCCCGCCACUGUAAACUCCUGUGGAGAUGGAACCCUUGUGGUCACAACUGACUAUGGCGAGGUGUUGUACCUGCAGCAGGCCGAGGUCACCAGGGAGCGGGUGUACGCCAUGCACCAGUCCAGCAUCGACGGGGUGGAGGACAUGUCAGCGCUGGCCGAGCUGCACGAGGCCGCCAUCAUGCACAACCUGUACCGGCGCUACCAGAAGGAUAACAUCUAUACGAACAUCGGCAGCAUCCUGGCGGCCGUCAACCCCUACAAGCAGGUCCCUGCUAUGUACGACCCAGAGCGGGUGGACCUUUACUCCAAGCACCACCUGGGGGAGCUGCCGCCGCACAUCUUUGCCGUGGCCAACGAAUGCUACCGCUGCAUCUGGAAACGCCAAGACAGCCAGUGCAUCCUCAUCAGUGGUGAAUCGGGCGCAGGGAAGACGGAGAGCACUAAACUGUUGCUGCAGUUCCUGUCGGUGAUGAGCCAGAAAUCAGGAGGAACUCCUGCUUCAGAGAAAACCACACGUGUGGAGCAGGCCAUCGUCCAGAGCAGUCCCAUCAUGGAAGCGUUCGGAAACGCAAAGACCGUUUACAACAACAACUCCAGUCGCUUCGGGAAGUUCAUCCAGCUUCACUUCUCUGAGUGCGGCAACAUCCAGGGAGGCUGCGUCAUCGACUAUUUACUGGAAAAGAACCGUGUGGUGCGACAGAACCCUGGAGAGAGAAACUACCACAUUUUCUACGCUCUGUUGGCGGGAGCUACCAAAGAGCAUAAAAGCCUCUACUUCCUGGAAGACCCUGCGGAAUCUUUCCACUACCUCAGCCAAUCAGGAUGUAUGAAGGACAAGAGCCUGAAUGACAAAGAACUGUUUAACAGCGUCAUGGAGGCGCUGAAGGUGUUGGAGUUCACAGAGGAGGAGAUCAGAGACAUGUUCAAGCUGCUGUCAGGAGUCUUGCAGCUGGGAAACAUCGAGUUCAUGACUGCAGGAGGAGCCCAGAUCACCACCAAGCAAGUGGCCACCAAUGCCAGUGAGCUGCUGGGCCUGGACACCUUCCAGCUGUCCGAAGUCCUGACUCAGAGAUCCAUAAUCCUCAGAGGAGAGGAAAUCUGCUCCCCUCUCACUAUAGAGCAGGCUGUAGAUUCCCGGGACUCUGUUGCCAUGGCGCUUUAUUCCCAGUGUUUUUCCUGGAUCAUCCUCAAGAUCAAUCAGAAAAUCAAAGGGAAGGAAAACUUCAAAUCCAUCGGCAUCCUCGACAUCUUCGGCUUCGAGAACUUUCAGGUGAAUCGAUUUGAGCAGUUUAACAUCAACUACGCCAACGAGAAACUUCAGGAGUACUUUAACAAGCACAUCUUCUCUCUGGAGCAGCUGGAGUACAACAGGGAGGGGGUUCAGUGGGACGCCAUCGACUGGAUGGACAAUGCAGAGUGUCUCGACCUCAUAGAGAAAAAACUGGGUUUACUGGCUCUGGUGAAUGAAGAGAGUCGAUUCCCCAAAGGAACAGACUUCACUCUGCUGGAGAAGCUGCACAGCAGACACGCUACAAACCCUUACUAUGUGAAGCCCAGACUCGCUGAUCAUCAGUUUGGUAUCAAACAUUAUGCGGGGGAGGUCUUGUAUGAUGCCAAAGGAAUCCUGGAGAAGAACAGAGACACCUUCAGAGACGACAUCUUAAACAUGCUGAAGGACAGCAGACUGGACUUCAUCUAUGACUUGUUUGAGAAAGUUGGCAGCAGGAACAACGAGGAGAAGAUGGGAACAGCCAGACGUAAACCUACAGUCAGCUCCCAGUUCAGGGACUCCCUCCAUGCUCUCAUGGCCCUUCUGAGUGUGUCCAACCCUUUCUUCAUCCGCUGCAUUAAACCCAACAUGGAGAAGAAUCCAAAUGUGUUCGACCCGGAGGUCGUCCUGAACCAGCUGAGGUAUUCUGGGAUGCUGGAGACUGUGAAGAUCCGUCGUGCCGGGUUCCCCGUCCGCAGAACUUUCAAAGAAUUUUUCUCUCGGUAUAAGAUCAUGCUGAAAGAAAAAGUAGCAACAGCUGGAGACGAUAAAAAGAGGAGCACAGACAUUCUCCUUAAAUAUGACAAGACCAAAAAAGAGUGGCAGUUAGGCAAGACCAAGGUGUUUUUGAAAGAGUGUCUGGAGCAGCGUUUAGAGAAAGACAGGGAUGAAGUCCGACGCCAAGCUGCUAUGAUAGUCCGAGCUCACCUUCUCACUUUCUCUGCCAAGAAGCACUUCAAGCUUGUGCGUGCCGGCGUCCUCACCCUCCAGAAAUACUUCAGAAAGCACAUCCAGCGCAGGCGAUACGUGAAGCAGCGCAAGGCGGCUCUGGUGCUGCAGAAACACAGGCGAGGUCAGGUGGCGCGCACCCGUGUUCGAAAACUCAAAGAGGAGAAGAGGAAGAGGGAGGAGGCGCUGAGGAAGAAGGAGGAGGGGGAGGAGGACAAGAAGUCAGUUGGUGAAGGGCAGCAAGAGGAAGAGAGUGAAGGAGCUGAGGACAAAUCGACACAGGAAGAGACCCGGCAGAUGGAAGAUAUCCUGCAGCUUGAACGGGAGAUCGAGCGCUUGCAGAAGAAGAGAGAGGACGAGGUGUCGCAGCUAUGUGAGUCCUCCAAACAGGAGCUGCAGCUGCGCCGCGACGCUGAGAUCAAACGGAUGACGAAGGAGGCGUCUCGCAAGGCCACGGAGCUCAUCGACCUCAUGAACUUCGGAGGCGUGGAUCCUUCGCUGGUAGGGGCCGGAGCGAAGCCUGCUGCCGAGGCCAAGUCUCCCAAAGGUGCAACUGCAGCUCGAGGUGCAUCCAAAGAGGAGGAGGUAGACGAGGGCUUCCACGCCGAGGAGGAAUGCAUCCCUCUCCCUGACUUCCCUCCUCCUGCGGAGACAGAUGCUCCCUUGGAUCAGGACAUAUUUGCCCAACUCCCUCCUCCCCCACCUGCCUUCGCUGAGGGGACAGUUCCUCCUGCACCACCUUCUCCACCUCCCCUGACCACAGAUGGUGUUCCUGCUGAUGGAAUUCCUCCCCCUCCGCCUCUCCCACCACCUGAAGAUGACUCCACCGUCCCUCCAGCUUCACCACCACCACCACCAGGACACCGACCUCCCUCGGGAGAAGGGGAAAAGAAGGAGGCGGCCAAGGGGGAGUUGGAAAGGAAGGUCAGCAUGGUGGAGAGCCUGGACGGCGAGGAGCCCAUCUACAGCAUGCCGGCCGACACAGAGUCAGAUUAUGACCAGGAGGAGGAGGAGGGGUCCGUCACGGCCGGUGACGACAGCUCCGUAUCCGGGAGCAACAGAGGAAGCGCUGCCCCGGUGGACGAGGAGCACCCGAGGAAAUCGACGUGCACCAACACCAGCGUCGAGUCCUACAGAGGCAGCUCCGACUCUUACGCUGACAGUGAUGAUGAGCAUGAUGGGAUGAUGGACACUGAUGAAGAAGUGACAAACGGCAGAGUGUUGUUGCUUAAUGGAAACGGUCCUCCGUAUUUCCACGGCUACCUCUACAUGAAGGCUGGCCUGAUGAUCCCAUGGCGGAGGCGCUGGUGUGUGUUGAAGGACGAAACCUUCAUGUGGUUCCGCUCCAAACAAGAGUCGCUGAAGUCCGGCUGGCUCUACAAGAAGGGAGGAGGCCUCUCCACUCUCUCACGGAGGUUAAACUGGAAGAUGCGCUGGUUUGUACUGAGGGACAGUAAACUGAUGUACUACGAGAACGACAGCGAGGAGAAGCUGAAGGGAACCAUCGACAUCCGGGCUGCAAAGGAGAUCAUGGAUAACCAUGAAAAGGAGAACGCUCUGAACAUCGUGACGGACGAGCGGACCUAUCAGGUGUUUGCUGAGUCACCAGAGGAUGCAAGUGGCUGGUUCAAUGUCCUCAGUAAGGUGCGUGUGUGCACCCCCGAGCAGCUGCUGGAGAUGUCCCAUGAACAGGCCAACCCAAAGAACGCUGUGGGAACUCUUGACGUUGGGCUGAUCGACUCAGUUUGUGCAUCAGACAACCCUGAUCGGCCCAACUCUUUUGUCAUCAUCACUGCAAAUCGUGUGAUCCACUGCAACAGCGACACGCCAGAGGAGAUGCAUCACUGGAUCAGUCUGCUGCAGAAACCAAAAGGAGACGCCAGGAUCGACGGGCAGGAGUUCCUCGUCAGAGGUUGGCUGCAGAAGGAGAUGAAGACGAACGCUAAGAGCACCUCCCUGAAGCUGAAGAAACGCUGGUUUGUUUUGACCCACAACUCGCUGGAUUACUACAAGAGCUCAGAGCGAAACUCCUCCAAGAUGGGAACUCUGGUCCUUAACUCCCUCUGCUCCAUCAUUCAGCCGGAUGAGCGAGUGCACAGGGAGACAGGUUACUGGAACAUCAUAGUGUACGGGAGGAAACAUUCUUACCGCCUCUACACCAAGAUGCUGAAUGAGGCCAUGAGGUGGACGGCUGCUAUACAGGGAGUCGUCGACACUAAGACGCCCAUCGAGACUCCGACACUGCAGCUCAUCAGAGACAUCAAGGAGAACAGUGUGAACCCAGACAUCGUGGAGCAGAUGUACAGGAGAAACCCCAUCCUCAGAUACACCCAGCAUCCUCUGCACUCCCCUCUGCUGCCGCUGCCAUAUGGAGAGGUCACCAGCUUACACAGGCAGCAGGGUUACGCCAGCCUGCAGGACGAGGCGGUGCGAGUGUUCAACUCGCUGCAGGAGAUGGAGACUCUGGCAGACACGGUGCCCAUCAUCCAGGGCAUCCUGCAGACCUGCCAGGACCUGCGGCCUCUCAGGGAUGAGGUAUAUUGUCAGGUGAUCAAGCAGACCAAUCACGUGUCUCAGCCUAACAGCCCAGCCAAUCGAGCACACUGGCACCUGCUCACCUGCAUGAGCUGCACCUUCCUGCCCAGUCGAACCAUCCUCAGAUACCUCCGGUUCCACCUAAAGAGGAUACGCGAGCGCUUUUCCGGCACAGAGAUCGAGCGCUACGCCACUUUCAUCGGGGAAUCCUUAAAGAAGACCAAGACUCGUGAGUUUGUUCCCUCCCAGGAAGAGAUCGCCGCCCUGCUGGUGAGACAGGAGAUGAGCACCACUGUCUACUGCCACGGAGGAGGCUCCUGCAAGAUCUCCAUCAAUUCACACACCACAGCUGGAGAGGUUGUGGAGAAGCUGAUCAGAGGUUUGGCCAUGGAGGAGAGCAAGAACCUGUUUUCCCUGUUUGAACACAACGCCGUCACAGACCGGGCUCUGGAGAGCAGAGUGAUCGUGGCAGACGUCCUGGCAAAGUUCGAAAGGUUGGCUGGAAGUGAAGAAGAGGAGGAGGAAGGAGAAUGGAAACUCUACUUCAAACUCUACUGCUUCUUGGAUGUGGAGAGCAUGCCCAAAGAGGGAGUGGAGUUUGCCUUCAUGUUUGAACAGGCUCAUGAGUCUCUGAUAAGUGGUCACUUCCCGGCGUCAGACGAGACUUUGCAGCACCUGGCGGCGCUACGUCUCCAGUAUCUCCACGUUGAUGCGGCAGGUCGGGCCGGGUGGAGUCUGGGGACUGUCUAUCCGACUGGACGUCUCCGCAAUCGCAUCCUCCACUCCACCAAGCCUGGCGUGGGGGCCGCAGGUGGAGCUGGAGCAGGCGGAGGAGGAGGAGCGGGAGACGGGAAGGGCCUGGUGGGAGGACCAGGAGGUGUCGGCCCCGGGAUCGAGAAACGAAAGACCCCAAGCUUUCUGGACGGGACCCUGAGGAGGAGCUUCAAGACAGGGUCACUGAAGAAGCAGAAGGUGGAGGAGGAGCAGAUGUUGGAGAUGUGGGUGAAGGAGGAGACGUCUGCCACCCGGACCAGCGUCCUGGAGAAGUGGACCCGGCUGCAGGGAACUCCGCAGCACCAGGCCAUGCUGAAAUACAUGAGCAUCAUUAAGGAGUGGCCCGGAUACGGAUCGACCCUGUUCGACGUGGAGUGUAAAGAGGGCGGCUUCCCUCAUGAUCUGUGGUUGAGUGUGAGCGCUGACAACGUGUCAGUUUAUAAACGAGGGGAACCCAAACCUCUGGAGACCUUCCAGUAUGAACACAUCACCUUCUUUGGAGCUUCGCAGCCCUGCACCUACAAGAUCAUUGUGGACGAGAGGGAGAUAUUCUUCGAGACUCCACUGGUCGGAGAGGUCACCAAGAUCAUGAGAGCCUACAUCAACAUGAUGGUGAAGAAACGUUGCAGCAUCAUGUCUGUGACCAGCGUCGGCAGUUCCUGGGCCAGGUGAUCGCCACCAACCAGCCGGAGCCCUCGGUUUGUCCAGUGUCGAUCAGAUGCCUCGGCCUUCUUCGUUGGUUGGUUGGUUUUGGAUGGAGGCGGUCGCACCAACCAGCUAAACCUCAUGGUUGACUCGAGAGUGAUGUGGAAGAGCGUCAGAAGCCUAACGGGGGUGGGAAGUGGACACGGAGGCCAAACGCACACUCUCUCCUGGCCUGGGUUUCACUUGGGAUAAGGGAACCGUUUGAUAGAUGAGCAUGACAAAGACUUUCAAAUUACAUAACCCCCUCCCUCCAGUUGUAGUCCUGCAUGUAGGUGUUCAAGCACAAUCCAAACUUCUCUCUGCUUUUCAUUUCCGGACAAACGAACCUCAGAAAUUUACAAGCACAACUCAGCCGCCUCAGUCUGUCCCAGGUGGCCGCCCCCCAUGCACUGCCAGACAGAAGAAAAGCCACAUGUCCUCACUUCAGUUCCUUUCUCACUCCUCCUCCCACGUCCAGAGUCUCUCUCUCUUUCUCUUCACGUGUCCUCAUUUCCUGUUGCAUCCUUAUUUGCUGUCGGUAUUUCAUUACGAUGCUGAAUUAUUGUUCUUGCUUGCUUUCUCUCCGUUCUCGUCUUUUUAACCGUGACAUUGUCUUGCUUACACCACUUUGUGACUGAGAAAAAGGACUCCAUGAUGACCAUUCUUCUUCAGGGCUACUCGUCGGUGCCACCGUGUGGCAACAGGAGGUAUAUGCAGCCAAAUGAAGUGGCUUUAAAUAUUUCUCAACACUAUCAAAUCGAUAUUAUUGCGAAGAGAGAGUGCAGGUUUUGCUCUGGAGGCUCUGUGGUCCCGUGACGCAGAGAGUCUGUGCAUGGUGAGAGCCUGGCGUGGCUCUAUAAAGAGAAUAUCAAGCAGAAUAUUAUGAGACAAAAUGUUUCCCUAUCUAUGUCUACAUAUAACACACGCAGCAUAAAUCUACUGUAUAUUCACAUACAUGUAAACAUGAACUGAUGUAUCGUUUUGUACUGUAUAUCACAAUAUAAGAGUUAUUAUUGAAUCUCCAGUGGCCACUGCACUGUACAGUAUAUAGAUGGUGCCACACUAAAUGCAAUGUGACACCUCUCAUGUAAAAUACAUGCAAUGAAUGGUGUGACCGCUGUGUGUGUGAAUCUGAUGCCAAUACAUCCUUCACUGGCUGUGCCAUUAAUGUGACUCACUCACAGGCUAUUGACAUUUUACAGUGUUUUAAUGGAUUUAUCAUCAGUGUUUUCUGUGGGAGUCGCUUCCAAAGCAUCAAUCGGAGGCAUAAAAUAUUGUAAAUCUGCGUCAGCUCGUUCUACUCUCACGCGACUUAAAAACGUAAAAUGCAUAAAAGCUCCAGAUUGUCUCCGUUUUCAAAAAUGUGAUUUUUACUACUGGUACUACUCUUAUUACUGUACC